UACACCUGCUACUUCAACAUUUUGUGAAGAAAAGAUUUUGAUAAUAUUGUCACGCACGACUCUUGAUUCAUCAAGUCAAAAUGGCAACGAAAUUUGCAACAAUAUUAUUUCUGUCAAUUCCAAUUGCAUAAGUGUUUCAUAAUUUUCUAAGGCUUCAGAUAUUUAUUAAUAAAAAUAUCACAUUAUUUAUAAAGAAUAUAUAUAUACACACGUCAUCACUUUACUUCUAUUAUAUUGUAACACCAAUAUAAUUUCGAAAACUGGAGAUUUAAUGUAUUAUAUAUCAAGAAAGUAUGAUGCAUCAGCAUGGCAAUAAAAUGCAUGGAAGGCCCUUUUGUAUUCAGAUUAAAUGAAAACGGUUCCGGACCACAUCUACUUGUACAGGUUUGCACGGAACGAGGAUGGCGGGAAUAUGCCGGCGAAAAUAAUGUAUUCAAAGAUCGAUGGAAUUUAUGGUGGCGGUCCGGUGGUUUCACAACGUCGCAUUAUAGGCCAUUACUUCCUUGGCAGUUCGUUAAUCGGAUACCAAAGGGAAAUUCUAUCUGCCGAAAGGACAAGCUGAUUCGUCAUCUAAAGUGCAUGAAAAAAAUCCACGGUUCGAUUUAUGACUUUAGUCCUGUAGGAUAUACUUUACCUUCUGAAUACACAAGAUUAGCUGAAGAGUGUAGUCGUUGUGAAAAAGACGAGAAAGUUUGGAUUUGCAAGCCAGUUGGUCAAAGUCAAGGAAAAGGAAUUUUUCUGUUUCGCAAAUUAAGCGAUCUGUCUUAUGAUAAUGCUGCAAUUGUACAAAGAUAUAUCGAAAAUCCUCUUCUGAUCGGUGGAUAUAAAUUCGAUCUUCGUUUGUAUGUAUGUGUUCCGUCGUAUCGCCCGUUAACGAUUUAUUUAUACAAGGAAGGCUUGACUCGUUUCGCUACAGAAAAAUUUUCCUUGGAACGACUGGACGAUCCAUUUCAGCAUCUCACAAAUUUCUCCCUGAAUAAACUGGGACCCGGCUAUUCAGAAAAGAAGGAACGUAUUGGCGCAGGUUGCAAAUGGACAUUUAGACAACUAAGAAGAUAUUUGGAGCGAUCAGGAUAUUUUGAUUGGAUUCUUUGGCAAAGAAUCUCGUGUUUAGUGACUCUAACGAUUUUAAGUCAAGCAGCAGCCAUUCCUAGAUCCUCAAAUUGUUUUGAAUUUUUUGGUUUUGAUGUACUAAUUGAUGAGAAUUUAAAACCGUGGCUUUUAGAGGUGAAUUUAAGUCCGGCUUUAAGUAACGACUGCGAGAUCGAUUCAGAAGUGAAGAAGCCCUUGUUACACGAUCUUUUUGAUUUGUUAGGUCUUCCAGUAUGUAAUACUGGGCUUUCUUUGUUCAAAAUUUGGUCCUCCUCUGAUCGUAUCGAAGAAGAUGAAAACGAAAUAUCUUCCAAAUACAACCGCUUUGCAAAAAGAAACUUAAAAAGAGAAGCCAAUGCGGUUUUAAAUCUUUCUGCGGAAACUCAAGCCACGGUGAGACAAUCAACGGAACUUUGUCCGACACACACUGUAUGGUCUCGUUAUAAUUCACUUUUAGUAGACAAAUGCAUACAUCGAGAAUAUAAAAGAAAUGUGAUAGAAAAUUUUACAUCACCGAUUUGGGAUAACGGCAGAGAUUGGAGAACUUCUUGUGCAAAAGAAGGCGGUUGGAUUCGUAUUUGUCCAUUUACUCGGAAAAAAAAUAUAAAACAUACAGAAUAUGCGGAACCAUCGUUCAAAAUCGUUGAAAACGAGAUCAAGGAUAUGGUUCUUUCUAUACAAAAAUAUUUAAAAGCUGCAAAAGAAGUACACCAGAGAAACGAAAAACUCAAAGAUGAGCAAUAUAACGCUCUCCUGCAAAGUACGCUUAAAAUGAAUACGGAAGUUUGGCUGCCGGAGAAGUAAAAAUCUAGAAAUGUACACUUUUUGCUCAUGCGCAAUAUAUUCACAUAUUAUUUAUUAUCUACUUAUCUGUGCUUGUUAGUUUUAUCAUUGUAAGAAAUACCAAGUAUAACUUUACUGUUAUAUUAUUAUAAGUACGCAUUUUUAUUUCAGCAAAAUAUCAACUUAGUAAC